GUGUAUAACAGUCUUCCAAAUAAAAUUCGGAGGGCCAAAAAGGUCGUUUUCAGGGGUGCUUCCAGGGCAGGUGACCGUGCCCUGAGAGAUCGCGGGAUCACUCCAGUGGUCAUUCAAAGGUUGUUUGUGUCGUCCGACAGCUUCAAGGCGCGCAAAAGACCGUCCAUACCGUCCGCGUUCCCGCAACCCAAGAGACACUUUGAGAUCAUGUCGGACCAAUCCGACGGCUGCCCGGACGGCCCCCGGCGGUCUGCUACGUACCCUCGCAUCCUGGCGGCAAACGCGACAUCAUCUUUUCUUCCGGCAACGCUGCGCCCUCCAGCACAAGCCGCCCAGUCUACCCAGUCUACCCGUACCAGAAGUUCGAUGGCAACGUUGUUUGGUGGCACUGCAGCUGGUAACAGUCCAGCUGGACUUGUCCGAUCAACACCUUCGGCAAGGCAAACGUUGCCGGCGCCAAGAACCAACUCGACAGGUUCUUCGAUGGGGCUGCUCAUGCAGGCGCCUCUGUCGUCACACAUGGUGCGCCCUCCCUCUACAGCACCUCUGGCAACAGCACCUCGUCACCAAGUUCAAGCAUCUCCGAGCAGCAACAACCUGGCUGCUCCCUCUCCAAAGUUUCAUUCGAGCCACUUCACUAUACCAAGACCUCAGAAUCAAGCACCAACCAGGUCAUGGAGCAAGUCCACAUGGGCAAUGCCCUCUUCUGCCAACCAAACUUCAACUCAAGGGACACACUCAGAACCUUCAAGUCAAGCCAACUCGGGAGCACAUGAACUGGCCAGGGGUGAACUGCUGCUUAGUCAGUCUUCUUCCCAAGGCGGCAGCAGCAACCUGGCUGCACCCAUUCCUAUGUUGUAUGCGAGCCGCGAGGAUGGACUGUCUCUUGUUCCAUUGACGCCAAGUGAGAGCAGGGAUACAGAUACCUUUGGCCACUUUGCUGAGAGGCCGUUGAUGCCUAUUGUGAGGCAAGAAAAGGGGCACCGUCGGCGCUCCUCGUCCAGUUCCACUUGUAGCAACGGCGCCACACCCGCCAAACUUCCAUCUCACAAAAAUGACAAGGAGAACGAGAAGGAGCAAGUCUCGCAUGCUCUCACGGUCUCGCCUGCCUCGUCUUGCAAAAUCGUAUUUGAAGUCUCUCAGUCACCACCUGGCAACGCAAGGCCAUCGGGAAGCCCCUACGACUUUGCAUCUUUGUACGGCAGCGGCGGAUCUCAAGAAGAACCUGAGACUCUCUCGGACAUUAUGCCCAGGUCAAUUCCCGACGUCGACGACCUCGUUGGCGCCAACCCCAACUCAACAACUGCAGCUUCGCAUGCAGAACUAUGUUCUGCACCUCGGCCAGCCUCUGUUUUUCCCAUCGACCGCGCAGCCUCCGAACCAUCACCAUCAAACAUUUCUCCUCCAGGGUCACUGGCGUCGGUUUGGAGGAAUCAUACACCAGCAGGCUCUCUGACAGGGCUGGUGGUGCCUCUUUCUGCAGCGCCUCAUCAAGUUCAAGCUAGUCCUAGUCCAGCUGAACUUGUCCGAUCGGCAACAUCGCCAGGGCAAACGUUGCCGCCGCCAAGAACCAACUCGACAGGUUCUUCGAUGGGGCUGCUCAUGCAGGAGCCUCUGUCGUCAAACAUGGUGCGCCCUCCCUCUACAGCACCUCUGGCAACAGCACCUCUGGCAACAGCACCUUGUCACCAAGUUCAAGCAUCUCCGACCUCGCACGCAGAACGUCCUUCUCCAUGUAGCAGCCAGGCAUCCCUGACCUUGUCGCAGCGCCCAAUCCAGCGUUCUCCGCCUCCGAGCACAAGGCCUGUGAUGCCUAUGAGGCAAGAGAAGGGACGCCGUCGACGUUCAUCCUCGGGUUCGACCACAAGCGAUGGCGCAUCACCAUCCAAACGUGCAAUCACAAAUGACGAGGCAAUCAUCGAGAGCGAGCACGGCUCGCCUGCCUCUUCUUGUAAAGUUAUUUGCCAACUGCAACACUCACCACCUGCUGUCGGCGCGAGACUCUCGGGCAGCUCUUACGACUUUGGCUCGCUGUACGGCAGCUAUAGUAGCUCUGAAGGUCGACAACCUGCUGCACCUCAGAAGCCUUGGUCAAUCCCCGACUUUGAAGACCUCGUCGCCGCAAAUCCCAGCAUGACUCCAGCUCCGACUGCAAAUGCUCGUCAUCCAGCCCUUGAGUCACCCGUCGACAAAGAGGCCACCCGACCAGCGUCAAGGGCGUCUUCCCUGGACGCAGUGGCGUCGGAAAAUGGAAAAGAUUUUUCUGGCAUGGUGCGGCCUGCGUCGUCUACAGACAUGUCUGAUUUUUCACAAGAAAAUUUACAAAAUGAAUCUGCUGAUGAAAGUGAAUGCGUUUCUACUUUUAAACUUAGUGAUAAUCAGAUCAAUAGCAAGAAAUGUGCAAUCUUGCCUGGAUUUGAAAAGGCGACCAGCAACAACCUACCAAAUGUACCAUUUUUCAUGCUAGUUGAUUUCCUUAUGUUAAUACGUAACCAGAAUCCUGCCAGCAGACACUACAAGGACGACCAUAACAUGCGACGCCAAUACACCGAUGCCGCCGUUGGCUUCGUUCAAGUAAUGACCAAAAGAGAUGAAAAUGGUUGUCAGCAGUGGACUGUCCUCGCUAAAGUCACACCGGAAACCUCAGUGAGAAACGAACCGUACAACGUCCAGUUGUCGUGCACAUCAUCAAAGGUGUUAAAGCUCAAAUGCUAUGGUUGUCCGGCGCAAAACAUGGUGUGCAAGCACUGCUUGGUGCUGCUCUCGUGGGUACACUACCGUUCAUCAGUGGACGAGUCAUGUACGAGCGUCCCUUGCUACUGGCGAAAAAGUCUCCUUUCUAGCAUCAACACAGACAAGCCAGCAGCAAGUAUUGUACCAAACGGGAAAAAAAGGAAGCGAACGUCGGCCUAUGCCAAGGACGGGUCGUUCCUUGAUGAUUUGAAGCAGCUUGAGGUUGCCAACUCUGAUAACAAUGCAGGAUUUGCAAUAAGGUCCAUGUUCAGAGCUCAGGUAAUGGACACAAAUUCUCCCUUGUGCUUGCACAAUAUUGCUUGCGACCUCUUGCGCACUGAUUCAAAUGUCAACUUGGCCGGUUUUCUUGAUCUUGUAACAAUUUCACUGAGAAAUUGCGAGCCUCAUUACUUCAAAUACGUGCAAAACGAAACCCGAAACCAAAGUCUCUCACCUUUGUGGUAUACCCUACGGUACGGACGCAUCACAGCUUCCAUUUUCUACGAAGCCAGUCGUUGGAAACGUGGUUCCACACUGGUGAGGAAGGUUUUUGGGGCAAAGUUUAAGCCGACGGAAGCAAUGAGGAGGGGUCUCGCGCUGGAGGAAAAGUUGCGCAAACAGUUUGCUAGAGAAAACAACGUGAAAGUGUCGGAAGGGUGGCUUUGCCUUAGUGCCGAGUACCCGUUGUACGGUGCAUCCCCCGACGGUGUGGGGAAAAAUUUCAUAAUUGAGAUUAAAUCUCCGUUUCGCAACGAAAACGUAACCAAUUUCGUCCGGGACGGUAAACCGACACCCAAGGUAUUGGCCCAAAUUUUGCUGCAGCUCCGUCUGUCAAACAAAACUCGCUGUUAUCUGCUGAUCCCGGACGAAAAUUAUGAGAAAAAUGGCUUCUAUUCGCAAUUUGUGAUUGAUUUUAACGCCAAAGCUACAGAGCAGAGCGAGGUCGACGACUACAAUGAAAAGCAGAAAUUCUUUAAAAAAUGCUUAGACAGGUCAAACAAAUUCUGGCGUCACAGCAUUUACCCACGGCUGUUGAGCGCUUCCCGUCAUGUACAAGAUUGA